AACGCACUUAUUGUUUGCACUGUUUCAGAAGGGAGUCUGUCAAUCUUAUGAGAAGAAUCGAUCUGCUGAAACCAUUUCAAUAUCUUCUGCAGCAAAAGGAAAUCUUGUCCUUGGGAACGGAGCCAGAAACAAAGAGGAGAACAGCCCCAUCCAUCAUCCUGGGCACAUUAUUCCCACUCCCUUUGCAGCACAACUCGAGACGUCCUUCUCCAGACACACGGCAGCGUCACUCGCACAACGCUUCCUCCAUGACGCUUCAUUAAUAUAAUCUACCGUUCUAUAAAUAUCGAUUCCCUGCCAGUGAUAAUCUCUUCUCAGAACCAACCCCCCCUUCCUUCUAGACCAUUCAACUUUCUCCAAAUUCAUUGGAUGCCAGCCUAUAUUAUACAAUGCAAAUGCAUUUUGCAAUGCAAAAUGCAAGGUAUACCCAACCCCCAUCUCGCAGACAUUGCAAGUAGAGCAGUCAAGACCAACUCCUACCACUGCAGUACGAGAGCGGGGCGGCGAGAGCAGACUGACACAAUGUGCAUGUAGCAUGCAGGGGCUGGGAGAGGAAGGAGGGGUUUCCUACUAUCAGGGGUUACAGGGGCAUUGGAUGCUGGAGCCUCCUGCUGCUGAUGAUUAAGCCCUUUCGCCUGGAACCCGUGUCAUUGCACGGCGGUUGGAAGAAAGGAACAGCAGCAAGGGUUAAAUCCACCCGAAGGCUCGUGCUACAAGAUGAACCUGCCGCAAUGGUGCCUUGAGGCUGUGCUCCUCUAUGCAAGGACUGUGUGACGGUGGUAGAUCCCCUCUUCCUUACCACCACCCUUUAAGAAAACCUCCGAAUAUUUCCAUAUAUUUUUUUUGUUCCAGCGGCAGAAGAAGACAUGUGCAGCAACCAGGUCAGCCUGCAAGACGAGCAAUGCAAAUUCUACUCCUACAUGUUCUACCAGGCUGUACGGGACCAGGAACCCGUAUGGAAACUGGAGGAGAUAAGGACUAUGGAAUAUUUUCAGUGGGAUGAAGACGCGAGCAUGAGGUGCUAUUCUCCAUCCGAUGCCCUGAUGUAUGCAGUGGUGCAUAAUCACCUGCGUUAUGCCCAAUAUUUGCUGUCUCAUUUCCCGGAGGAAGCUCUGAAGGUGCCAGGAAUCAAGUUCUGUUGUUGUCCUCCUUCCGCCCCCCACUUGGCCUUGGCCGUCACCUACGACAGACGAGACAUCUUAAUCAUGAUCAUUAAGAUGUCCCACAAGCUUCCGAGCCUAAAUUCCUACAUCAAUCGGGCCAGCUGCUUCCAUUUGUCCGAUGGCAAGACCCCUCUCCACUUGGCCUGUGAGCUCUUGAGUGCAGAAACUGUUCUCAUCCUCCUAGGCAAUGGGGCAUCCCCCAAGAUCAUGGACCGGAAGGGGGAAACCCCUUUGGAUGUCAUCUUGGAGCAGUUAUGGAGCUCCAAGGUCAACGUAGACUCCAAAAAACUCUGCUUGUACUAUCUGCUACUUUUUUCCCCCUCCUUGAACUUCAAGAUGAGGAAGAUCCUUCAAGAUAACCCGGAAUUUUGGAAUCCCUUACUAGGAGAGGACAAAUUCAAUUACUUGGUGGGCAAUACACCCGCCACCUUGUAUCUUAUAGCGAUGCAGAAAGUCUUGCAGUGUUUGCCUCCGCCACUCUUCCCCCACAGCAUCCAAGCUUUGCCCAUACCUCACGCUUUAAAGCCCUUACCGGGGUCAGGUUAAGAUGUCCGAAAACCCCCCAAGCCUUCCACCCUGUCCUUUGCUCUACAUGGCUUCUACUUCAAAUAUGAUUUUAUAAUUCGAUAUUAUAAUUAAAUUAUCCAUGUUGCCAGCUCGUUGGUCCAUGGGUCAAUGGGUGGUGGUUCCGUAAGAGGUUUAGGAGAUAUUUCAGUUGGGGGAACGUAUGGGAGCGUACAGAUAAUUGGGGCUCACGGGUGCAAUAAUAAUCAUCUAAGAUAGUAACAAAUGUAGAAAGGAGAGUUUGAUUGCAUUUUUUAAAUUGCCCCCCAUGGGGGGGGUGUAAAACAUACACAUUGUAGCCUUGUAUCCACCCCUGGUGCCCAGCAUUUGGGGCAAGUGCCCUUCCAGCCCCUCUUAAGCUAUGUCCCUAUGGCUGGUGCAUCCGAUAAAUUUUGACCCAAAUAAAAGGCAUUUCCAUUGGUUAGAAGUGAUUGAGGUGCCUGAAUGUGACUCCGCCCCUUGUGAUCACUCCGAUCGGUCAAUCCUCUACAGGUCUACAGUCAAUGUACGCACUAGUGAUGACAAAGGGAAUUUUAUUUUAUUUAUGUGUCAUGUUUAUUACUCCAUUUUUUUCAAUUUAUUUCAUUUUGGGAAAGCGGGAAUGGAUCCGAGAUGAAGGAGGAGGAUGACGCUUUCCUUAAGGAAGUCUCAUCCUGCUCCUUCUUCUGGGGAUCACAGAGGCUUUAAAGAAAUGGUGAAAAUCUCUUCUGGAAGACGACAUGCUGACCCGGCGCUAAUGGCUGACGCAUAGGACUGUCUGCCGCGCUCAGCCCCAUCCGACUGCUGGACAUAGUUAGGGGCUGGCAUUAACCCCUCUGCUCCCUGGUCCGCCUGCAUUAUGUACUGUGAUGAUGCUGGUGAUUUUAGUUGCCCAGUAAUCUGCAUAAAUGAUGCGCAUAUUGUGUCCUCACGAACGGAUCAUAUUUACUGGAGGCGCAAUCAGAAGAAAAUUGUGUUUUAUGGCUAAUGUCAGCAGCAAGGAUUUUCCUAUGUAAGCAUGUGUACCCGCCGUGUCCUCGCUGCCAGA